AUGAGCGACCAUUCACCUCGAUUGGCACGCAGCAGCAGCAGCAGCAGCAGCAGCAGCAGCAGCGGUCACGGCGCCCCGUUGCUGGACCAGCAUGCAUCAACGACUGCGCACACGGGUGCCGUGGUGGACAAAGUGACCGACGCCGCUGGGAACGCGGAAGACGACGACGGCAGCAGCCACGUUCGUAACCAGGCUAAUCAACCCACAACAGCGACAACAACAACAACGACGACAGCGAGCUCGAGGUCGAGGGCGAGGACGACCUCCUCCGCAACCCGAGCUGAGCAGGGCGAUUCUGCAGCGCUCGCCACGGCGGACGACGCGGCGGCAGUCGAAGAGGGCGUGGUGGUCGUCAGAGUCGAAGGCGAAGUGGGAUUGCAGCAAACCGCACCCGUCUCGACCGCAACGCCGACACCACCGGCGACUGCAACGACGGCAGCUGCCGCAGGCGCCCAAGGAGCGAAAGCAAGGCCACUGAGUGUGUCAUUCACGCUCACCCGGGAGCAGAAGCGCGAGUACGCAGAGCAGCAUGCAGCGCAGCAGAACGCAAUCUCUGCUGAGAAUCAGAGCAACGACAGACUGGGACUUCGCACCGACUCGGUCUCAGCAGGAUUUGUGGGCGCGCACCGCCACGAGUCAAUUGGCCGUCGCUUGAGCGUCGGUGUUGCCAGCUUCAAGGGGAGAAUCCGCUCCAUGAUCGGUUCGCCGCACUCGCCACAAGGAAAACAGCAGGCACGAAUUGCUCAGUUGCUCAGAGCUGCCCUCUCCGUCUGGGAAACGACCAACUCGACCUCAGAGAUAUCCAACGCGUGGAAGGAGGCGUUGGCCGAGCUGAAAGAAUUUGCCAAGCAGUACGACCCAGUUUCGCGCGGUCCGCUCGUCGAGCAUGUUCAAACGUGUUCGCGAGUGAUUAUUGAACGAACUCGCGAAGGCCAGUUUGGCCAUCCGCAGUUCGGGAUUGAGAUCCAUGCUCUGACUAGCAUGGUCGCCACUUUGGCUGCAGUCACGCCUCGUCCUCGAAUCGACACUAGCGAACAUGCCAAUUCCGCCGCCUCGACUGCAGCCCAAGCCUCGACGUCCCCCAGCCACCCCGAAGCCAUCCCAAUGUCAAAGCUCACACCCACGCGGGGUAUUAUGAAAAAGCCGAAACCUUCCCGCGAGCAGGAAGACGUUGAUCGCAAAGAUCUCUUGGAGGCUCAGCAGAUUGGCCAAUCGCUCAAUGCUUCAUUGCGCGAUUUGGAGCAGCCUUUGGAGUCCCACGUUUCCAUCAACCUUCCUGAUUCUGCAGAAAUCACGGCCGCAAACAUGCCACUGUUUAUUCCAGACGCCUCUCGACAGUCUGGCGCAACAUGGUCGGUCUUGAUGCAGCGCGACGAAGUGCUCAGCUUUUCCGAGGCCUUUUCGGCCGCGCUUCCGCCUCGCGUCAACACCAAAGUCUCUUGCGAUGAUUUGCGAUUUACAGUACAGGUCAAAAAUCCGGAUGCCAAACAACCGCGCGCGCCUCCUACGAUCCGAAAAGAGAUUCUGAAGGGCGUGUCCGUGAUUGUGGAGGCUGGUACAGUGCUCGCAAUCAUGGGCCCCAGCGGUUGUGGCAAAACAACGCUGCUGGACAUUCUUGCGGGCAGGAAGACGCGCGGUGACAUUCGAGGCCAAGUCCUCAUCAACGACAAGCCACGCGAAUCGUUUGGUCGUUUCUUUACCCGCAUGUCUGGCUACGUGACGCAGGACGACGUCUUGCCGGAAACGUUAACCGUGCGCGAGUCGCUGUGGUACACUGCACAGCUGCGACUGCCCCAAAGCCUCGCCAACGUCCGCAAGAAUGCUCGAGUCGACGAAAUCAUCCGCUUGUUGACACUCGGCGGCUGCAAAGAUUCACGCAUCGGCGGCAAGCUCCUUCGAGGCAUCUCUGGCGGCGAACGUCGGCGCCUCUCCAUUGGAACUGAGCUGUUGACAUCGCCAUCCAUUCUGUUCCUUGAUGAGCCUACAAGCGGCCUUUCCGCAACUGACGCCCUCAAUGUGAUGGAGACAAUCAUGGGUCUUGCCAAGCAAGGACGAGCAGUGCUCACGACUAUUCACCAACCUCGAUCCAACAUUUUCCAUAUGUUUGACCAGCUUUUGCUCAUGUCUCAAGGCUCGCCCGUGUACUACGGAUCUGCCAGUUCAGUUGGGCGCUACUUUGCACAGCAGGGGUAUGAGUGCCCAGCUGGCUUUAACAUUGCCGACUUUAUACUUGAUGUGGUGACGGUUCGUCCGCCGUUGUCUGGUCAAGCUGCUCAUGUGGCAACUCCCGACCCGUCUACCGCAAGCACACGGCUCAGCACAGUCUCUGCUAGCACAGAUGCCUCAGGACUCACUUACUCGUCGUCUCAAUCGGCGGACAAGAGCGGCGCGCCCACCGACGAGUCUGUGCAAGCUCUUGUCAAUUCUUUCAUGAGCUCGGCACAGUAUGCUGCUACUCGCCAGGCCCUCCAGAGCACGCGCAAAGCAGCCGAUACUGCUGUAGACUCGAAUGCCGAGGUGAAAGCCAUCACGACCACCUAUGGCGCCACGUACGCCACUUCCUUCCUUGUCCAAUUCGCGCUGCUGUCGCGUCGCAUGUUCUUUACCACCCUGCGCAACCCCUUCAUGUUUGCUGCCGGCCUUAUCAUCAACAUUGUGUUUGGUGUGAUCACCGGUUCGAUCUGGGCCUCGCUCAACCAAGACAAAGAGCGUUCGAUUGUCAUGGCACUUUACUACAUUCCUGUAUUUCUUGGUGUUGAAAGCUUCCUGGUGGCUCCGCUGCUUGUGGAAGAACGUCACUUGUUUCUACGCGAACGGGCCGCGGGAGCAUACCGCACGAGUGCCUAUCUCGCCGCACGAGUCGUGAACGAAACACCACAGUACGCGCUGAGUGGCUUGGUGUUUGCCAUCAUUUGCUACUUUAUGAUUGGAUUCCAGCAAGAUCUGCUGUAUUACUGCGUCGUGAUUGUCAUCUUCAUUAACGUCGGCAUCAGCUUUGUGUCGCUGGUGGGUGCGGCUGCAUCGACAGCGGAGGGAGCCAACAUGGGCGCUGCAUCGUACAACACCUUUGCCAUGCUCUUUGCCGGUUGCUUUCAGACCUUGCCCAACUUACCCAACUACUGGACCUGGGCAUACUAUGCCUCGUACAUGUCCGCUGGGUUUUCUGGUCUCGUCAAGGCCGAGUUCACGGAUGCAGUCGCGCCACCAAUCGUCAACGGAACCCUCUCCACGGACGGCUUGACGCAGCAGGAGGUGAAUUAUGUGAUUCUACAGACCUACGACCUUGUCAUCGCCAAUCCUUGGGACAAUGUCUACAUUCUCCUGGGAUGGUGGGCAGGCUUCCGCAUUCUGACCUACUUUGCCCUUCGUUUCCUGAACAAGGAGCAGCGGUGAAGGGGUGUCUUUCGAGCUUUCGACUUUUAGUUUUUUUGUUAGUGUAUUGUUGUGUGAGUUUUUGAUUUGUUGGUUGCCGUUGAAUGGUUCGAUGCGUGAACAGUUAGAUUUAGAUUCAAUACAGGAAGAUCUCGAUUGGC